AUGUCAAUCCGAACCGGCCAUUCUGAAGCCACUUUCAACCCUCACAUUUUGAUCGUCGAUCCAACCAAAGAACAAUACCAACGGAGACCAAUUGGAUUGCUAUUCAACCCAAGGAUACCCUCUCUUGCAAUUUCGAUCUCUCGCAGUACGAGCCAAUUGGCUGAAACUGCCAGCCUUGCGGCUGGAGUGGAUACUUUUUACCUUAUUUUUGCUGGUGCCUUGGUCUACUUCAUGCAGACCGGUUUUGCCAUGCUUUGUGCCGGUUCUAUCCGUGCCAAGAACGUGAAGAAUGUGAUCCUUUGGAACUUGCUUGAUUCUUGUGGUGGGGGUCUAGCAUUCUGGGCCGUUGGUUACGCCUUUGCUUAUGGCGGUGACAACGAUGGCACCAGCAAGACAUUCAUUGGUAACAGUGGAUUCUUCUUGGCCAAUGGCGAGGUUGAAUUCCACAACUGGUUCUUCCAGUUUGCCUUUGCUUGCGCCCUCUCGUCCAUUGUGGCUGGAACUAUUGCCGAGAGGACCCAGAUGCUUGCAUACCUCUUUUACUCGGUCUUCCUUGUUGGAUUUUGCUACCCUGUUGUGGCCCAUGCCUUCUGGUCUCCUCGUGGAAUUUUCUCUGCCGGUGCUGCUGAGCCACUCUGGGGUUCUGGAGCUAUCGACCUAGCUGGAAGUGGUCCAGUUCACAUGACCGGAGGAGUUUGUGCUCUCGUUGCAGCUAUCAUCUUGGGCCCUCGGCGUGGACGCUUCCAUGAUCUCGACGGUAAUCCACUCGAAGAGCCACAUGACUUCCCUCCUCAUUCCGUCGCCCUUCAGUUCCUUGGAACCUUCUGCCUCUGGUUCGGAUGGUACGGAUUCAACCCUGGUUCAACUCUGUACAUCUCUUCCAACCAGUUCGGCGAAGUUGCUGCUCUCGUCGCUGUCAACACGACUUUGUCCGCUUGCGCCGGCGCUGUUUCUGCCAUGUUCACCUCUACCUUUUUCGAUUGGCGCAAGACUGGCGUUGCAACAUACGAUCUUGGCUACACAAUGAAUGGAUGUCUUACUGGAUUGGUUGCCGUCACUGCCGGAUGUGCCACUGUUGAGCCAUGGGCUGGCGUUGCCAUUGGUGUUAUGGCUGGAUGGUUGUAUCUUGCUGCCUCCAAGCUGCUGAUCAUGUUGCGCAUUGAUGAUGCCGUUGAUGCGAUUCCCGUCCACAUGGUUGGAGGUGCCUGGGGAGUCAUUGCCACUGGCCUGUUCACCAACGCAAAUAGGUUGCAAGCAGCAUUCGGAACGUCCGAGCACAUUGGUUGGUUCUACUCCUGGGGACGAGGCUCGGGAGACUUCACCUUGUUGGGCAUUCAACUCCUUGCCGUUCUCUUCAUCUUUGCAUGGACCGGUGUUAUCAUGGGUGCUUUCUUCUUCAUGCUCAACCUCUUUGGCAUGCUCCGCAUCGACCCAUUGGAAGAGGAGGUCGGUAUGGACAUCAGUCGCCACAAGGGUUCCGCUUACGACAUCAACAAUGCGCCUGAAGCAGCUGUUGACGCAUUGAACCUCAGCCGCAGUGGCCAUGGCCCCAGGACUUCUGGCGCUAGUAAGACUGUUUCUGGAGCGAUGAAGGAUGAUUCUGCCAAUCCCGAUGCAACCGCCACCGCCGCCGCGAAGGUCAACGAGGAAUGCGAUGCGUAG